AUGCAGACGGGCUGCAUUCCCUGCUUAAUGAAAGGUCUCAAAUGCGAUCCAAGCAACCCGGGAUGUAAGCGCGCAAUGUCGGACGAUUGGGCGUUGAAUGCAGGGACGCGAUCUGGAGAGGACGACGACAAUGCCCUCUUCCAUCCCGAAUCAUUGACGGUCUUCCGGCCAGACAUGAAGUGGCGGCGGAGUUGGCGUGAGCGACACUGUCUCAACUUCUUCGUCAAUUUCAGCGCGCCCCAGAUGGCUGGCUUCUUCGACUCUGCUUUCUGGCAACGCAUGGUCAUUCAAACCUCCUAUCAUGAACCCGCAAUCCGGCAUGCGAUCACAGCUAUCGGAGCUCUGCACGAAUGCAUCAUGCAGCGGGCC